AUGAAGGCAUCAUCAUCAAUGUUUGACGAAGAAAUGCGCAAUUUGGAACUUGAGAAGGCUGCAUGGGAGUCAGAGCUGAAGAGGCAGGCACCAUCAAUGCCCCUGAUCUCAGAGCUGGAACAACAAGUUUUGGGAGAUGAUGAAGAAAUUGGGAUAGAAACCUCCAUCAUUAGUCCACUUGAAGAGGAAGAAGAAGAGAAUGGUGUGAAUGAUGGUGGCGUCACUUCAGCAGUGACAUCACAACGUGACGAAGAACAUGCUUGUGACAUUCAAUCUCUCAACAGUUUUGAAAACACGGAGAGCAUAUGA